CUAACGAUAGACUCUGCCUCUCACUUGGUAACUCUACAGUCUUUGUGUUGGACUUGGAGUUACACGCCAAUCUACAAAUCCAAGACCUUGUGGCGCUGAAAUUCUCUCUCUACAGCUUCUUCUGGUAUAACAGAAAUAACUAAUUCUUCCCCAUAAUCCACAACCAUUCAUGGAUAUGAUAAAUCUGGAGAGUGGCUUACAUGUGUGUAUAGCUAGUUGAAAAUGGCCUGAAGUUGGAGGCCCAUGGUUUUCAAUCCUCCAUGGCGUGUACUCUCUGGUUCCUCCCUUCGGAAUCUUUGGCCAACCCUCUACAGCUCUUUCUUUACUCUCUCUUCUCCCCCAAAUCUCAGUCUUCCAUCCACAAAAAACCAUUCACUUCACAAUUCAAUCAAUUCAAAUGGCACAGACUUUCUUCGUCUGAUAAGCCUCUGCCAUAAAAUUGAAAACUUGAAGCCACUGAAAUCUCUGCUUAUCGUUCACGGGCUUAUUGGCCAUGAACCACUGGUUGGAGAAUUCGUUAAGCUCUGUUUUCAUCUGGGUGCUCCAAAGCUAGCUCUUUCUACAUUUGAGAAAAUUGACAAGCCUAGUUUAAACUUGCAGAAUCUAAUGGUUAAAUGUCUCUGUAAUUGUGGGUUAUUUGAAGAUGUCUUGUGUGUAUAUCAGAAUUGUCUAGUUUUGGGUUGUUCGUCUGAUAACUAUACCUUUCCGUUUGUGCUCAAGGCUUGUUCUGCCCUGGGGGCUCUUCAGAAGGGUAAGGAGUUACAUUGUGUUGUUUUGAGAACUGGGUUUGGAGAUAACCUUGUUGUACAGACAGCUCUUGUUGACUUGUAUGCUAAAUGUGGUCAAAUGGGGAUUGCACGUUCGCUGCUCGAUAGAAUUUCCCAACCGGACCUGGUUUCAUGGAAUGCAUUGAUUUCUGGGUACUCCUCGAAUGGGUUUAAUCAGGAGGCUUUCGAGGUUUUCCAGGAGAUUCGAGUGAUGGGAUUGAAGCCUAAUGUCAGCACUUUGGCCAGCAUCAUUCCCAUAUUCACCCGUUUAGAAAAAUUUGAUAUUGGUAAAUCUGUUCAUGGGUUUGCUCUUAAAUCUGGAUAUUUUGAGGAUGAAACUUUGACGCCUGCUUUAAUUUCAUUAUAUGCCGGUGGUGGGGAUUUAUCGGUUGCUAGAAAUAUGUUUGACUGCUUACUGAAAAAGAAUGUCGCCAUUUGGAAUGCCAUAAUCUCUGCAUAUACACAGAACCAGAAAUCUAAUGAAGCCUUUGAAAUGUUCCGACAAAUGCUCCAAGUUGACUUGCAGCCUAAUGCGGUCACUUUUGUGUCAAUCAUCCCCUCUUGUGAGAAUUUUGGUAUCAUUUUGUACUGUGAAUCCCUUCAUGCUCAUGUAAUAAAAGAUGGAUUAGACGGUCAACUUGCUGUGGUUACUGCGCUAAUGUCAAUGUAUGCCAAGCUUGGAAGUAUGAACUCAACUAAGUUUCUUUUUGAUCAGAUGCCCCAAAGAAACCUCCUGUCAUGGAAUUCAAUAAUUUCCGGGUAUGUGCACAAUGGACUUUGGGAUACAAGUUUGGAUGCAUUCCGUGAAAUGCAGUUUGAGGGUUUUAAUCCAGAUGCAAUUUCUAUCAUCUGUAUUCUUUCCACCUGCUGUGAAUUAGAAGCCAUUCUUCUAGGAAAGUCCGCCCAUGCGUUUAGUCUUAAAAAAGGAUUUGGUUUGAAUGUCAAUGUGUCCAAUGCACUAUUGUCAUUUUACUUGAAUUGUUGUCAGAUCUCCUCUGCUUUCAAACUAUUCUCUAGAAUGGUUGUAAGAAAUGAGGUUUCAUGGAAUACUAUGAUAUCUGGAUGUGCACACAAUGGAGAAGAACGAAGAGCAGUUGCACUUCUUCAUCAGAUGCAGCAAGAGGGCAUGGGCUUGGAUUUGGUUACCCUUGUAAGUGUUCUUCCUUGUUACAAUGGGACUGAAAAUUUGGUGCAUGGUAAGGCUGUUCAUGGCUAUGCUAUCAAAAUGGGUUUUGCCUUGGACGUUACUUUAACUACUGCACUUAUUAGCAUGUAUUUUAACUGUGGAGAACUUGAUGCUGGGAAAUUACUUUUUGAGGUCAUGCCUAAUAGGAGUGUAAUUUCUUGGAAUGCUCUGAUAACUGGCUAUCGAUAUCACAACCUACAUGACGAGGUCAUCAUGUUGUUUGUUCAAAUGAUAAAGGAGGAUCAGAAGCCAAAUUAUGUGACCAUACUGACUGUAUUACCCAUGUGCUACACCCAGUUGCAAGGCAAGUCCAUUCAUGGUUAUGCAACUAAAGUAGGGAUUGUGCUAGAAGCUCCUCUUCUAACAUCUCUUUUAUUCAUGUAUGCUAGAUUUAAAAAUAUAGAUUCAUGUAUGUCAGUCUUUGAGAUUGGGGAAAAGAGUAUUUCUUUGUGGAAUGCUAUUAUGUCUGUUCAUGCACAGACCCAAGAUGCAAAAAAAGCAGUUGCUUUCUUCUGUCAAAUGCUUCAAAUGGGAGUGAAACCUGAUUAUGUAACAGUUUUGACCUUAAUUUCAGCUUGUGUUCAGCUAAACAACCUGAAUCUCACAAAUUCUGUGAUGGCUUAUGUGAUACACAAGGGAUUCGACAAAAAUGUAGCCGUCAACAAUGGCCUUAUCGAUUUGUAUGCAAGAUGUGGGGACAUUUCAAUGGCAAGAAAGCUAUUCGAUGGUUUUCUUGAAAAAGAUUCCGUCUCUUGGAGUGCGAUGAUCAAUGGACAUGGGUUGCAUGGUGAUGGUGAAGCUGCCCUUGCUCUUUUCUCGCAGAUGAAAUCUUUGGGUAUGGAGCCUGAUGAAAUUACUUAUACAAUUAUUUUAUCAGCUUGCAGCCAUGCAGGUUUAGUUGAGCAAGGCCGAAUAAUUUUCAAGUCUAUGGUAGAACAUGGAAUUUCGCCAAGGAUGCAACACUAUGCUUGUAUGGUAGACCUUCUUGGGAGAACUGGUCACUUGAAUGAGGCUUAUGACAUUGUUAAGAACUUGCCCCAUAAGCCUUCUGCGAGCUUACUCGAUUCUUUGUUGGGUGCUUGUGUAAUUCAUGACAAUAUUGAACUUGGAGAAGAAAUUGGUAGGUCUCUUCUUGAAAUGGACCCUGAAAAUUCGGGAUCAUAUGUGAUGUUAUACAAUAUCUAUGCAGCAGCUGGAAGGUGGACUGAUGCCAAUAGAGUAAGGUCUAACAUGGAAGGGAGACAACUAAGAAAAGUUCCUGGUUUCAGUAUUAUUGAGGGAACUUGACAUCAUGACGAAUUAUUGUCAUGAAGUUUUUUUUUGGGUUAACUUCAGUUACACCCCCUGAGGUAUGUCUUAACUUCAAGGAGACCCCCCCACGUUUGCAAAACUUCAGUCAGACCCCCUACUUUUUUUGACACACAUCAGUCUCCCCCAUCAGUCAACGGUUAAAGUUGGUUAGAGAAACUUUUUGCCGACGUCAGCAAAAAAUGAGCUUUUAAUGCCCAGAUUGCCCCUAAACGGUUCUGUUUGUUUACAAACAUUAACGGUUAUGUUUGGCUUCAGGUUAUAAAGCAAUUAAAAUGCCCAGAUUGCCCACAAAGUCCAUGUUAAUGCCCAGAUUGCCCCUCAACUCCAACAGUCAUGUUUGGCUUCUAUAAAUAGGAGAUAGGCACAAUGUUUUUUUGCACUUCCUCUCUUAUAUUCUCCUAUGUAAAGUGCCUCUCUUCCUUUCUUAUAUUAUCCUAUGUAAAGUGAUGUCUCAAUCAGCGUAAAUAGUCGUGAAGGUAGAGGCAGAGGCUAUAUACAGUAUAGGAACAAGAUUUGUUGCUGUGGGGAUUUUGCUAUAGUGAAGGUUACAGAGAAUGACAAAAAUCGCAACAAAAGCAGGCUGUAUUAUACUUGUGAAAAUGAAACAUGUAGUUUUUGGGAAUGGUGUAACCCUAUAGAUGGUUCUGUUGGUGCUGCUGAGGAGUAUUCACCUGCAAAUCAACUUUUGCUUGAGGUUGUUGCUGAAUUGAGGUUGCAAAGACAAGCUAUAGGUUCAAGGUUACAAGUUGUUGAAACAACUAUUUUGUAUUUGAAGAUAGUUGUAUUUACUUGCUUCUUGUUAUCUGUUUUUUACUAUUUAUUUGAAAUAAAAUUAUGCAAUGCAUAUUGACCUAUAUUGAGUACAUUUACCAUUGAAGCAUCAUCAAUCUAUUAUCAUUGCACAUGCAUAUACAACCACAAAUCAAGCAUCAUCUAUUACUGAAAAACCACAAAAAAAAAAAAAAAAAAAAAAAAAAAAAAAAAAAAAACAU